CACCAUGUCUUCUGUCACUUCAUCAAAAGAAGAUACAAUGUCAUCUGAAAAAGCAGAUGAGAAACCACCUGAAACUGAAAACAAAGCCGAGGAAAGCGAUGAAGAUGAAGAAGAGGAAGAGGAGGAAGAAAAGGAAAAGAGUCUCAUUGUUGAAGGAAAAAGGGAGAAAAAGAAGGUAGAUCGACUGACCAUGCAAGUGUCCUCCUUACAAAAGGAACCUUUUACAAUUACACCAGGAAAAGGACAAAAACUCUGUGAGAUUGAAAGGAUACAAUUCUUUCUGAGUAAAAAGAAGACAGAUGAACUUAGGAACCUGCACAAACUCCUCUACAACAGGCCAGGCACUGUUGCUUCCCUGAAGAAGAAUGUGGGUCAGUUCAGCGGGUUCCCGUUUGAAAAAGGAAGUGACCAAUACAAAAAGAAGGAAGAAAUGUUAAAAAAAUUUAGAAAUGCAAUGUUGAAAAAUAUCUGUGAAGUUCUGGACUUGGAAAGAUCAGGAGUUAAUAGUGAGCUGGUAACCCGAAUCUUAAACUUCUUAAUGCACCCCAAAUCUUCAGGCAAGCCACUGCCAAAGUCCAAAAAAACACCAAGCAAAGGUGGCAAAAAAGAACGGAGUAGCAGUGGGACUACAAGAAAAGCAAAACGCACCAAGUGCCCAGAGAUCUUGUCAGAUGAGUCCAGUAGUGAAGAAGAUGAAAAGAAGGGAAAGGAUGACUCUUCAGAAGAGAAAGAAAGUGAAGAUGAGCCCCCUAGAAGAGCAUCUAAAAGAGAAAAAUCUAGAAAGACAACUUCUAAAACCAAGAAAGCUGUAAAGAGUGCAAACGUCAAGAAGGCAGAUAGCAGCACUACUAAAAAAAACCAGAACACCUCUAGAAAAGAAAGCGAGUCUGAAGAUAGUUCAGAUGAUGAACCUUUAAUUAAAAAGCUGAAGAAACCACCUACAGAUGAAGAACUUAAGGAGACUGUCAAGAACUUGUUGGCUAAUGCAAACUUGGAGGAGGUCACAAUGAAACAAAUUUGCAAGACGGUGUAUGAAAACUACCCUAGUUAUGAUUUAUCUGACAGGAAAGACUUCAUUAAAAAAACAGUCAAAGAGUUGAUCUCAUGAUCUGGUUUGACUCUGGGAAAUGAAGAUUCCUGGUUUUCUGUUCCCAUGGAUUUGAAGAUCUGAUAGGCACCAGCAAAAGGAAUGUGUCUUACCUUGUGGUCUUUAGUCAGAGCUGAUUCUGCUGAUCUAAUAUUAAGAGUGUUGAUGUAAAUUGCUUUGUGUAUCUCUUUUUUUAAAGAAAACAAAACUGCAUUUGAUGCAGUUUUUAGUUGAACAUAGUUAAGUUUCAUGCAUGGCAAUAAAUGUUCCAUUUUUUUAUAGUUUUUGUACAUUUUGAAUUGCUUUGUAUAACUAGAUUCAUUAGAACCAUGGUAGCUUUUUAGUGUGGAGGACUAGCUUGCAGGGGAUUUUAAAAUCAAGUAAGAUGAAAGCUGCUUAUCUGCACGUAUACAUGCAGAGACUGGAAUAUUGCAGUAUUGGUUAUAAAGAUAUUUUGAAUACAUAUCCAUUCUGAA